UGUGGAAGGGUUGUCAAGUUCAGGGUCAAAGAAGGAUCUUGUGAAAAGGUUCGCAUCAAGAAUGUUAAGCAAGAUUAAAGGAAAGGCUGAAGAAGUUAAUAAUGUGUUGCUGAUAAAUGAAGAAUAG